AUGGCCCAGACACCUCUAUCUCGCCAGGCUCAGCCCGGCGAUCUUCUACUUGUGAUCCAUAAUUUUGAUGCUCGUGGAGAAGACGAACUCACUUUGCGACGUGGUGAGAAGGUCCAAUUGGUCGAAUUGGACGAGGGCUUCGGCGACGGAUGGUAUUUGGGGAAGCAUACAGCGACAGGCAAGACCGGUCUAUUUCCAGGAGUUUACACUACCCUCCCCCCGAGAUUGAACGUGCGACGACCGGCAACCGCCUCGUCGAGUGCUUCCGAGACCGCCAGUACCACUGAUAGUGCUGGAGGCAUCAGCGCGGAAGGAAUCAGUGCCUCACCGAUCGAGUUUGAAGGAAAAGGCGAAACAACCCCGCAGGCUUCAAGGCGUGUUAGCGCUGCCGAGGCUCCGGAUCUGAAUCUGGAUAGCAUGGAGGAAGUCGCGUCCCCAGUCCUCAAACAACCUCAACGUUCAACUUCAAGUCCUCUUCCAUCAUCACCCUCGCUUGCGACCAGCAUUCAGCGCACAAUCAGCCAGACUUUUGGUAACCAUUUGAAUGGCGGCGACUCUCCUGUGAUGAACGAAACGCUCAGUGUGAUCGACGAACAUAUCACCGACCUUAACACUCCUCGUCACAGUGUAACACAAGAAUCCAAAGCUGUCACUGAUUCAGGAAGCGAAUAUAGCAGCCAUGUUGGACAUCGCCUAUCAUACAUCAACGGUCAUGAAACCGACGAGGAAGAAGGAGGCCAUCUCACGGAGGACGAAGUUCGCAGAUGGGACCACCUCGAGACGGCUCGCUACUUACGCGGUCUAGGUGUUGAUGCACAUCACUGCGAUAUUUUCCAAGAACAAGAGAUUACUGGUGAUGUGCUGCUGGAAAUGGGCCAAGAAUUUCUGCUGAUGAAAGAAUUCGAUUUUGGCGUCAUGGGACGGAGGCUGAAAACUUGGCAUAAAAUCAAAGCUCUUCAAGAAGAAGUCAAAGGCAUCCAGCAGCCCCAGUCAGGUUCCAUAUCUAGCUACUAUCCAGUAGACGAACCAGAGCGAUCCUCCAGCCGCGCCGCGCAAAACUCGACUUUCCUACCCCGAAUUCCGAGUCUUUCUGGCGACAAGCGACCCAGUACCGCGAUAAUACCACCUCGACGCAUGUCGACGUUGCUCCAAGGCAGUCCUAGUUCGCCAUCGACUGCUACGAUGGGUCGAGAACUAGUUGGGCGUCCUUCAGCAGCUUCAAUCCGUGAAUUUAACCAUACUCGCCGUCACUCAUCAAUGGAUUCAUCCCCCAACCUCAGUCAAGCUGCCGCUGCCCAUAAUAAGAAGGGAUCAUUUGAUCGCUCAUGGACCAUGAUAAAUGGAAAUCCACCUUUUGCCAGUCGACCUGGGACUGCCGCUGAAGCAACAGACGAGGACAUUGUGCUUCAGCAGAACUUUCUGGACAAGGCUGACACAUCACAGGAGGACUCUCCACGUAUUGGAGUGCCUUACGAGAGCCUUGACCGUGGCUACUUUUCUGGCGGAGAAGUGGAGACUCGUCGAACUCGCAAAUUGUUACGGAAGCGCGAAUCAGGUGCUGGAAGCGUCAGCCAUUCAAGAAAGUCCAGCUACGUGGAUGAAAAGUCCACUCGCCGACACUCUCGCUUUGGAAGUAUUGGGAGCACUGAUUCUAUACAGAAUUCGACGUCCCGAGUGUCAGUGGCUUCCAAGGGCUAUCACGGCGGUUCCAUGAAAGGCCGAGUUCGAAGCGCCGGAGGUCAGGUUGCAGAUCCCGCUUCUGGGCAUCCUGCUAUGGCAUCGUUGGAUGGAAAAAUCGGCGGCACACCUCCUUCAUUUUCACCCUUUGCUGGAAGAAAUGAUAUGGAAACAACUGGUCGUUCCUCCCCAUUACCGUUCUCCGGCAUUCGAAACGUCGGGCCCAGAUUCCGCCGUGCUGUCGGGCUUCGCACAACGUCAGACAGCACCAGUGGAGCGCUGAAUGCCCAAGAAGCAACGCCACCAAUAUCGCCCAUCAGAGAUUUUACUCCAUUCGGACUUGGUAGGACUGGUUCUACGACACCAUCGGCAACCUCCAAGAGCUCCGAGCGCCACAGUACAGACGGUUCGGGCAAAGCCGUCGACGGCAUCGUGCCUUUCCCUGUCCCAAGAGUCGCGUCGAAGACGGGCAGCAAAACCAAGAAGCACACUAGCGCCUACAUGCGUGGCUUGGAGAAGAAGAGCCCCCAGGAACAAAUGGUGGGCUGCGAGUACAGCGGUUGGAUGAAGAAACGUUCGGCAAACUUGAUGACGACCUGGAAGCCACGCUUGUUCGUCUUGCGUGGCCGACGUCUGUCUUAUUACUAUUCAGAAAAUGAUACAGAGGAACGUGGUCUUAUUGAUAUAACUGCGCAUCGUGUCUUACGUGCUGACAAUGAUCCGCUGACUGCCCUUCACGCGACAAUCACUGGAGCGAAAGCUUCUCCUACCUCGCCAGAGGGCUCAAUCAAAUCUCCGAUGGACAAAGCAUUCGAUGCUGCUGGUUCUCCGAAGUCAUCUGAUGGACCUUUCAUCUUCAAGCUAGUGCCUCCCAAGAGCGGUACAUCGCGAACCGUGCAAUUCACACGACCCACGAUCCAUUAUUUUCAAGUUGACAGUGUUCAAGAAGGACGUCUUUGGAUGGCUGCCUUGAUGAAAGCGACUAUUGAUCGCGACUUGAGUCGGCCUGUGGAGACCACCAACAAGCAAAAGACCAUCAGCUUGAAGCAGGCACGGAUGAUGAAUCAGCGACCUCCCGCCUUGAUGGAGCCAGAACCGCCCAUCCCUCAGAACAAAGAAGUGGGAGAAGUGACGGGCGAACAAGACGCUGAUGAUGGGGGGUUGAAGAUUCAAGGACUGAAUCUUGACAAAACGAAUAGCAAUGGUUCUUCUCAUGAUGGCAACGGUCUUGUCAAUGAGGGUGACACUGACGCUAGCCGAGGGGAAGAUAUAUCGGCAAUUCCUACAGACGACAUCUUAUCACGACCUUCAGAAUCCUUCCUUUCGUGA